AGCUGCAAAAUUUUAAUUUUCCUCCUUCCCCCAAAACACUUCACUCGGCUGAGUUGGAACCGUGGAACCGAAACGAAUGUAUCAUUCGAUAUUUAUUUGACAGCCGGAAAUAGUCAGCCUCCCCUCCCUUCCCAGGCGUUGCCAUUGUGAGUAGUCGAGCAACACGUGUAGACGGCAGACAACAAGUUUCAACUUAUAAGUGAAGAAUCCGCCAAAAAUGGCCAACGGAGAUCGUUCGAAAUCGUUCAAAUUGGGCGAUCUGGUGUUUGCCAAAGUGCGCGGCUACACCCCAUGGCCGGCACAGAUUACCCAUAAUGUGAAUAGCAAAAAGGAGUACACCGUGUACUUUUAUGGCACAGGCGAGAUCGGCUACAUAAAGCUGAAGAACCUCCUGCCGUACAGCCAAAACAAGAGACACUUUUCCACGCGCAGAAACAUGCGGCGAGCACACUAUGCCAAGGCGCUGGACGAAAUAAAAGGUGCCUUAAAGGGGCAGAACUGGCAGACAAUGGACGUAUCGAGCUCGAAUCAUUUUACUGAAUAUGAUUACGAUAUCCAAGCACCAAGCGCCACCGGGAAUUCACCCAACCAAGAGCGAUCGCGCCCAUCGAACAAUGAAGAAAAUGAAAUUGUAUUGGCAAAUGCGCCAACAGCCGAAGACUCGCACAUGGACAUCAGCUACGGCAAGCCGGAGAUAUUGGAAAAGGUCGCUGUGGAGCAGUCCGGCGAACGCGCUGCCAACGCGAUGCCACCAGGGCGCAUCAUUGUUGAGCCCUCGCCCAAUGCGACGGAGACACAGGGGCAUGAGAUCGCUGGCUUUAAGGAGAGCGACUUCAUUGAACUGUGCGAAGAGAUCUGCAAGUGCUUGGGCCCGCGCCGCACCCAUUUCUAGUCCGCCCAAAUUGCGACUCCCCCCCCCGUUCAUAGGAUUAAGACAAAAGACAAACAUACUCAUAUGAAGUUCCUUGGACUGUUUAAAUAACAUUGAAUACCUACAUUUAAUUUGGUGCUACUAAAAUAGACGGUGUAUUAAAAAAGAGGUUUGGCCUAGGGCCACCUGCAGUGGAACAUUAAUUGUUUACAUUUUGAGAAUUGGGUGCAAAAAUUGUGGCUAAGCCCAGUGUGCAGGGCGAUUGAUAAAAGCA